AAAAAAAAUCUUUCAGUUGAGCAGGGGAGAUAUGUAUAUUGAGUUUAUCAAUUUACUUUACUUUAAUAGUUUGAAUAGAUUUGUAUCGUCUUAGUUCAUAAGAAGUUGAUUACAAGAUAGUCAGAGGUUAUCUUUCAUUCAUAUUCGUUGUUCACCUAAAUAGCAAAGGUUUAAUCUAUAUUUUUCACAAUGACAAAUCAAGAUACUACUAAUGGUAGUACAACUACAGAGAAAACUUCAGCCCCAGCUGCUUCUCUUGUACCAGUUCAACCAACUCCUCUUAGUUCAAAAGAUAAAGAUACCAAAAGAUUAAUAGUUGUUUUAUCCCAAGCAUGUCUUGAAACUCAUAAAAUGAAUACUGGAGGUCCAGGGGGUGAUAAAUAUGCUCUUUUAAAUUGUGAUGAUCAUCAAGGUCUCUUAAGAAAAAUGGGGAGAGAUAUCGCUGAAGCUAGACCAGAUAUAACUCAUCAAUGUUUGUUAACCUUAUUGGAUUCUCCUAUAAAUAAAGCAGGUAAAUUACAAGUUUAUAUUCAUACCGCUAGAGGAGUUUUGAUAGAGGUUAAUCCAAGUGUUAGAAUCCCAAGAACGUUUAAGAGAUUUUCUGGUUUAAUGGUUCAAUUAUUACAUAAAUUAAGUAUUCGUUCAGUUAAUUCAGAAGAAAAAUUAUUAAAGGUGAUUAAAAAUCCUGUUACUGAUCAUUUACCGGCCAAAUGUCGUAAGAUUACUUUAUCAUUUGAUGCUAAGAUUAGAAGAGUUCAAGAUUUUGUUGAAAGUUUAGAUGAAGAUGAAAGUAUAUGUGUAUUCGUCGGUGCCAUGGCCAGAGGUAAAGAUAAUUUCGCUGAUGAAUAUGUUGAUGAAAAAAUCGGUCUUUCUGAAUAUCCAUUAUCGGCUUCUGUUGCUUGUUCUAAGUUCUGUCAUGGUUGUGAAGACAGUUGGGGUAUUUUCUAAUCAAUAAUGAACCCCCUCUCUUCUCCCAUCACCAAUUUAUUCUUUAGUUCUACUGACAUUGUACAUUUAUUUUAUCAUUUGUAAUAUCGACUACUCCAUCCAUACAUAUAGUCUUACAUACUUAUAUAUAUAAAAACUCUUUCAUUAAUAAAUUCAUUUGUGCAUCAUAGAGAUAUCG